AUGGCGGUGGCAAUGAUCGUGGUCGCGGUGGCAGCGGUGGCAACGAUCGUAGUCGUGGCAGCCGCGGUCGUAGCGACCGUGGGCAUGGUGGUGGCGGCCGUGGUCGUGGUUGGCGUGGCGGUGGCCGUGGCGGAGCGGACCCUCCAGAGGUCCCUGCAGAUUGCAGAAGGACCCGCACCCGCUUACAGACGCCAGCGGUCCGAGAAUUGUGGCUGGAAUGACCAUGUGGCUGACUCCUGCCACAAGACUGCGGUGGAAGGAGCAGCCACAAAGGCUGCCAAGGCAGCUGAAAAGGCUGAAGCUGCAGUAGCAGCAGCUUUAGCUUUGGCUGAAGGCCUGAAGGCCAAAGCUGCUGCUGCGGCUGCUUGUGAUAUUUCAAAAGGUGGAAUGUGCAUUGUACACUAA